UCAGCAUUUCUUGUCGACGUGGGAAGGGAGGCACUCGGACACAAACAAACGUCCACGGGUUUGAUGUUGUGCUACGUUACAGCUAACUGUGACAUGUCAGGUGGAUUUGAUAGCUAACUCCAUGACAUUUCAAACAUGUGGCUCAAACCGGACGAGAAUUUGCUGAAAAACGCGUUCAAAUUAUGGGUCACCGAGGAGGAUAACGAGUACUUCGUACUGCAAAGGAGACGGGGCUACGGAGAAGGUGGAGGCGGGCUGACAGGCCUUCUUGUGGGAACUCUGGACACUGUGUUGGACUCCACAUCCAAAGUUGCCCCCUACCGUAUUCUACACCACACACCAGACUCACAAGUGUAUUGGUCAAUAGCAUGCGGUGUUACCAAAGAGGAGAUCACUGAACAUUGGGAAUGGCUGCAGCAGAACAUCAUGAGGACCCUCUCUGUGUUUGACUCCAGCGAAGACAUCACCAGCUUUGUACAGGGCAAGAUAAGAGGUCUUAUCGCUGAAGAAGGGAAGGCGUCCCUGGUGCUGGAAGAAGAUCCAGAGAAGUUCCGAGAAGCACUUUUUAAGUUUGAGAAGUGGUUUGAGCUGCCACUGCAGGAGAAGCUGGUCACAUAUUACUCAUGCAGCUACUGGAGAGGCAAAGUGCCGUGCCAGGGCUGGCUCUACCUCAGCACCAACUUCCUCUGCUUCUAUUCAUACCUGCUGGGAUCUGAGCUGAAACUGAUCAUCUCAUGGGACGAGAUCUGGAGGCUGGAGAAAACAACCAAUGUUAUCCUGACUGAGAGCAUCCAUGUCCAGUCCCAUGGGGAGAAUCACUACUUCUCCAUGCUGCUGCACCUCAAUGAAACCUUUGUUAUCAUGGAACAGCUGGCCAACUACUCCAUUAAGCGCCUUUUCGAUAAAGAGGACUUCCAGAGGGAGCCGGCGCUCUCCGACCCCCUGAAGAUUACCAAGAGAGGCCUAGAAGCUCAUGCAAAGAGUGAGCAGUUCCGGACAUUCUUCAGGCUUCCCAAAGAGGAAAACCUGUUAGAGGUGCACGAGAGCUUCCUCUGGGUGCCCUUCAGCCAUUUUAACACACUUGGCAAGAUCUGUCUGUCUGAGAACUAUCUGUGUUUCGCCAGCCAAGACGGGAGCCAAUGCCACACCAUCAUUCCAAUGAGAGAGGUCAUUAAUGUUGAGAAGUCAGACCCCAGCAGCAGGGCUUUAACGGUGUGUAUGCGUGGAAAGAGGGCACUGCGAUUUUCUGAGGUGCGGGACUACCAGCGCCUGGCAAACUCGCUCCGAAGCAGGUGUGGGAUCAGUGCCAGCCCCCAGCACUCUGCAUCAUCAGAGGUCAUACGAGGCGAGUGCCAGUCGCUCAUCAAUCACUUCGAUGACAACCCGGAGGAUGUCACACUGAUGGUGGGACAGAAAGACAGCAGCAAGGCUGUAAGCACUGAGGCGCUCAUGAUGGUUUUCCACCCCCAGGAUGUUGAAAACCUCGACCCCAAAAUGCUUAAAGAAAAGAUGAAAGAACAGUCUUGGAACAUCCACUUCUCUGAAUAUGGACGCGGCACGAGUAUGUUCUUCACCAGGAAGACACGAGAUCUGAUCGUCCGAGGUGUUCCUGAGGCCUUGAGAGGAGAGCUGUGGAUGCUUUUUUCAGGAGCUGUGAACGACAUGGCCACUCACCCCGGGUAUUACACUGAUCUGGUGGAGCAGUCCCUGGGCACCAGCACUCUGGCUACAGAUGAGAUCGAGAGAGACCUGCACCGCUCUCUGCCAGAGCACCCCGCCUUCCAGAGCGACACAGGAAUCUCUGCUCUACGCAGAGUCCUCACUGCCUAUGCUUACAGGAACCCCAAGAUUGGCUACUGUCAGGCCAUGAACAUUCUCACCUCAGUUCUCCUGCUCUAUGCGAAAGAAGAGGAGGCUUUCUGGCUCCUAGUGGCCGUCUGUGAGAGGAUGUUGCCGGAUUACUUUAAUCGGCGAAUUAUUGGUGCUCUGGUUGACCAGGCGGUGUUUGAGGAUCUGAUUAGAGAGAACCUCCCCCAGCUGGUGGAGCACAUGACAGACCUAUGCUUCUUCUCUUCUGUGUCCUUGUCCUGGUUCCUCACUCUCUUCAUCAGUGUCCUGCCCAUCGAGAGCGCAGUGAACGUGGUGGACUGCUUUUUCUACGACGGCAUCAAAGCCAUUCUGCAGCUGGGCCUGGCUGUGCUGGACUACAACAUGGAGGCUCUGAUCAGCUGCCAUGACGACGCCGAGGCCGUCACCAUCCUCAACAAAUUCUUCGACAGCGUGACAAACAAAGACAGCCCGCUGCCUCCGACUGUACAGCAAGCUUCAGUGGGAAGCAACGAUAAAGCCUCCCACGUCAGUGUGGAUAUCAGUGAACUGAUACGAGAGGCUUAUGAGAAAUAUGGACAUAUCCGUUCAGAGGAAGUGGAGACUUCGCGGAAAAGAAACAAACUGCAUGUGAUCCAGACACUGGAGGACACAACCAAACAGAAUGUGAUUCGGGUAGUAACACAAGAAGUCCGAUUCGGAGCCUCACAACUUGAUGAGAUUUACAACCUGUUCAAAAGGCAACAUUUCCUGUGUUGCUACUGGAGAAUACAGAGUCCCGCUCUGCUGCAUCACGACCCCAGCCUGGCCUAUCUGGACCAGUACCAGCUGGGCUUCCAGCAGUUCAGCGUGCUCUUCUCGCUGCUGGAGCCCUGGGCCUUCUGCAGCCCCAAGAGCACCCUCUCCCUCUGGGUGUUCCGCCUGAUAGACGAGAACCAGGACGGCCUGGUGAACUUUAAAGAGUUCUGCUACGCCCUUGAUACUUUAUACGGUGCAUCGUUCACAAAUAAGCUGAAAUUCCUCUUCAAGCUGCACCUGCCACCAGCUUUCACAGGUAGUCCUUUGCACUUAAAGGAUCAAAGCAUCCAGCACUUAAUUCCAGUGACUGAAGACUCUUCUCACUUGAUUAGACUCGCUGCAUUUGAUCUACCUGAAGAUGGUGUGAUAAGGAAAACUCCCGAAAGAGGUAGAGGAAAAGUGGACCUGCAGGCAUACUUGAAGCAAUGGCAAAAUGAAAUUCUUAAGAAGGAGGAAACCAUCAAAGACCUACCCCGGAUUAACCAGUCUCAGUUCAUCCACUUCUCCAAGACCCUGUACAACAUCUUCCAUGGCGAUCCGGAAGAGGAGCCUCUGUACAGAGCCGUGGCCCAUGUGACCAGCCUCCUGCUGAGGAUGGAGGAGGUGGGCCGAAGGCUGCAGGAGCCCAGCAGCCCCCCCACGUCCACCCAGCCUGCUGCCGCUGCUGCUGCGGAGCCUCCAACAGAAGAAGCUUCCAGCACUUUGGAGAGGUCGGACCCCUGCAGCUCCACCAUCAGUCAGGAGGCGGAGACCGAUUGGUCCUUUUCCUUCGAGCAGGUCCUGGCUUCUCUGCUCAACGAGCCGACCAUCGUGAGCUUCUUCGAAAGGCCUGUUGACCUGCAAACUAAACUGGGACAAGCUAGGGUUGCCCAGCUGAAGCUAAAGGGGAAUAAGUGAAAGGAAACAUAAAAUGAUUUGAUACUAUCGAUUCUAAACCAGGCGUCACCAUGAAUCUUGUUUCUCCACUUUGGAUAGGGCGAUGGAAACAGCAAUUACUCUUAAAGUGGUAUUAUAAAUGAAGAGAAGACCACAGAUUUAAAAAUCUGCUGUUCAACGUGUGUGUUGCUUGAAUAUGGCUAAUCUGCAAUCUGCGUAAACCACUGGUGUUACAGUCCACUGUACCCCACUCAGUGCAGUCCACUGACCCCUCUCAGUGCAGUCCACUGUACCCCACUCAGUGCAGUCCACUGACCCCUCUCAGUGCAGUCCACUGUACCCCACUCAGUGCAGUCCACUGUACCCCACUCAGUGCAGUCCACUGUACCCCUCUCAGUGCAGUCCACUGACCCCUCUCAGUGCAGUCCACUGACCCCACUCAGUGCAGUCCACUGACCCCACUCAGUGCAGUCCACUGUACCCCACUCAGUGCAGUCCACUGACCCCACUCAGUGCAGUCCACUGACCCCACUCAGUGCAGUCCACUGUACCCCACUCAGUGCAGUCCACUGACCCCACUCAGUGCAGUCCACUGUACCCCACUCAGUGCAGUCCACUGACCCCACUCAGUGCAGUCCACUGACCCCACUCAGUGCAGUCCACUGUACCCCACUCAGUGCAGUCCACUGACCACCACUCAGAGAAGUUCCAUGUCAGGCCUUUCUGCAGAAUAGCCUUGUCGACUGAGGUUCCUCCAAUCUGAUUAUGCAUUUCUAACCUCUGUGAUGAAAUUCGUUCCCUUAUGUAGCCUCAGUUUCUUCGGAUUUCAUGGAAGUUUAGUCUGACAUAUUUUCCAACCCUAUAUGCCAUGGAUCACAUACUAUAUCAUUUUUUAUUGUGUAAGGGACAUUUAGCAAAAUGACCAGAAGAGUUCUCUCUGAUGUUGUGCUGACCUUUAACUCUAUGACAAAGGACUGACCGAGUCUCACUCUGGAUAAUAUAUUUUUCUUUAUUAAGAUAACUAUUUAAUGCAUUAGUGAAACAAACUGUAAAAGUGUCGUGUGGAUUCAGUGUUCUUCGGCAACAUUAGUGUUUUUCUGUAAAUGCCAACUUAUUGUGAGAAACAAUAGCUUUCAAGUUGAAGUGGAACCGGUCAAACAGCGAGAGAGGACAGUGAUGUCCAUUGAAGAUAUCAUUUGAUUUCAGAGAUAAUCUGAAUUGAGGAGGUCAGAUGCAUUUGAUGAAGAGAAUGACAUUUUAAAUAUUGGUAUUAUAUAUUUGCAAUAAUACAAAAGAGAAUAUGCUGUACUGCCACACUCACCUCUCUCAUUCCUCCGACAGCAGCACAGUACACUAUUAGCAGUACUGAGGUCUGUAAAGGGAAAGUAAAUUAGAAGUGCUGCUGCAGGGAAAUAUUCUGCAUCCUCUUCUAAAAAAUGUGCUGUGCUCUUCAGUGUGCGAUGGGUUGAUGUACUGUUUGCUUAUGUCCGUCAAUAUGUAGGAUGUUUCGCUCUCGUAUAAGUGCAGCGUUUUGUACUUCAGGAUCCGUUUCAAUAGUCGUGUGAUUAUUGCAUUUUUGAGGCUUGUGUUGAUAGUGUAACAUAUGAGCUAGUGGACGUUUGUGCACAUUUUCUUUGAUCAAAUCUCAGGGUGUAAUUUGUGUAAAAUAAAAAGGACAAAAGGGAUAUUUUUUCGACCUGGGAUAAAUAAAGAUAUGAGUUAAACAUAGCUUACAAAUGUCUGUCAAAUAUAACGCAUUUGUAGCAUAUUUACAGGAUUGGCCACAUUAUGCUAAUGUUCAUAGACAGCAGCUCUUUCUGCUCACUACAGCCAGAGCUGACUGACCGUAUUUCAGUUGUUUCCUUUUUUUCUGUGCAUUCUCUGCUUUUUUGUUUGGGCUUCUGUCUGUGAAUCAUUUGCACAGUCGUUUGAGAUUCACACAUUGAAGAUAUGCCUGUAUCCCAGCCAAAGGCUCUGAAUUGUAAAAGGUCAUGACCGCUUCAGCUGCAGCUGCUUGUCCUCUCCAGGGGCCAAAUUGACAAAUUCAUAGAGCUUUAUUUCUGCUUGUCUAGGGACAAAGUGUUUCAGAAGCUCUUCACGUUCAAGUGCAAUUCUCUGCGUCCUAUAUUUGUAUCAUUUUUGCAAUUUGUUUGAAACGUGUUGUGGUUAUUUUUUCACUUAGGACCAAUCUGAAAUGUAUAUCAUGGUGUAAUUAUUUGGAUAUAGAUAUUUGAAGUGAGUUGCACAUACUUGUUUAACUGUUUACAUGACUAAAGGAUAAAAAGAAUAUCAAAAUGCACCCUAUUCAUCUUAAAUGUUGCCACUACUUAAAUCCAAAGCUCUAUUGACUGUUUCCCAGCAGUUUCAUGCUGCAUUUGUAACAUAUCUGAAAUUAUUAUAAGAUGCAAAUAACAACCAUCAAAGACUGCGCCUUAGUCUUUCUGGUAGGCUUCUGAGCUUUGCAUUGAAGUGUAUUGCUUUAUCUAUUUCUGUUAAAUGGAUCAUAUAUUUUAAUGAUUAGAAAUCCUACAAAAACUUAAGUGAAUUGGUUGGUCCUAACUAUUUCUUUUAAAAUAUGGAACUAAGGUUUUUUUUAAAAAAUCCAAAAUAGUUUGUUCUUUCUUCUUGGUAGGGGAAAAAUGACUUUGAAGGAGCAGAGAAAGUCAUGGAAGAUUUCAUCCUCCUGGCAUGCUGUCAGAUUUGCCAUUAAUUAAGAGUGUACUCAGUAGGCAUGGAGGACGCUCCAGCAUUAGUUUAUGAUUAAUCAAGUCCUUAUUUGUGCAAGUGUGGUCUACAGCUUUUCAAAUCUGUAACUUUCAAACUUUUGAAAGCUUGUCUUGAAAAAUAUGACAACAAUAUUUCUGUUUACCCGCUAAAUUAUGAUUUAUUUUGAUUAUGUCCAUUCAAAGGUAUAUCAGAAUAAAGAUUGAUUAUAAUAUGAA